GCCAUCUGAUGGGAGCGGUCAUGAGUUGGGUUUUAUUUUGAAGUUCUUAGAUCGGAAGUUGUAACUGCUUUCCAUUCAUAAGGUUGAGCCUGUUCCCCUGCACCGGCCGAUUAGCAAGAGCAGGUGAAGCUUUCUGUUUAAAAAUGUCUCACCCGACACCGCUCGAAAAACCCUCCAAACCCGACAACCCUCGCGUCUUCUUCGAUGUUGACAUUGAUGGAGAAAGAGCUGGCCGGAUUGUUCUGGAGUUGUUUGCUGAUGUCACCCCCAAGACUGCUGAAAACUUCAGAGCGCUGUGCACGGGAGAGAAAGGCAUUGGAAAAUCGACAGGGAAGCCUCUGCACUUCAAAGGAUGCCCUUUUCACAGAAUCAUCAAGAAGUUCAUGAUCCAAGGAGGGGACUUCUCUAACCACAACGGCACGGGGGGCGAGAGCAUCUAUGGGGAAAAGUUUGAGGAUGAAAACUUCCACUACAAGCACGACAAAGUGGGUCUACUAAGCAUGGCCAAUGCCGGGCCAAACACCAACGGCUCUCAGUUCUUCAUCACCACUGUCCCUACGCCACACUUGGAUGGGAAACAUGUUGUCUUUGGGCAGGUGUUGAAAGGGAUGGGAGUUGUAAAAAUGCUGGAGUCCACUGAAACAACAGAUGAUACUCCUUUAAAGGCCUGCAUCAUAGCUGACUGCGGUGAGCAUAAGGACGGGGACAGCUGGGGCAGUGCACUGAGCGAUGGAACGGGAGAUGCCCACCCAGACUUCCCCGAAGACUCCGACAUCGACUUUAAAGAUGUUGACAAAGUUCUGUCUGUUGCUGAAGAUGUGAAGAAUAUUGGAAACGUCCUUUUUAAGAACCAAGACUGGAAAGCUGCAGUCAACAAAUAUAGCAAAGCCCUCAGGUAUCUGGAGACGAGUGGGGAACAACUGGAGGAGGAGGCCCAACACAAGCUGGAGCCCACGGCUCUCAGCUGCCUCCUCAAUACGGCUGCUUGUAAGCUGAAGAUGCAGCUGUGGCAGGAAGCUCUGGAUAGCUGCACUGAGGCUCUUGAGCUGAACCAGUCAAACGCUAAGGCACUUUUCCGGAGGGCCCAGGCCUGGCAAGGGUUGAAGGAACUUAAUAAAGCCAUGGUUGAUCUAAAGAAAGCUCAGGAAAUUGCUCCAGAGGAUAAAGCCAUCAUUAACGAAAUGAAGAAAGUUCAUCAGAAGAUCCAAGAAGAGAAGGAGAAAGAAAAGAAGAUCUAUGCCAAAAUGUUUGCUUGAGUAUUUAUGCAGCAGGUUGCUAAUGUUUCUGGUGACCUGUAUUACCAUUCGAUGGUUCCCGACCCCCCCCAUGAGUGAGUGCAACCGUCUGGGUCCAGCUGUAACUGAAGUGUUUUCAUUGUGGAUAUUAAAGCUUUAAUCUGAUGCAUUGUCCUCUCUGCUGCUGACAAACAGCAGGACCUCUGGCCUUUAUUCUGCGGUCUUAAACUGUCUGAUCCAUUUCCUCGUUGGGUGUUUUGAUACCUUCGGCUUUGUGUGAUACAUCAACGUGGUCAUCAACAGGUCAAUAAAAGCAUUAGACAACC